GGCGAGUGCCCCGUGCAGACGUUUAGGCUUGUUACUCCUCAUAAACAACAACAAGGCGAGGAGUCCUUCUCAACAUUUAGUAAUAAUUUGCAUAUAAUAAGACACAUUCCCGACAUUUAGGUGACUGUCCCUUCACCACAUCCAAGUGUAGACGCGUAGACAUUAAGAAUCAUGACUACCGCAGCACGGCCAACAUUUGAACCUGCCAAAGGUGGCAUGGGCCGAGGAGAGCGUGACCUAAGUGCCUUGUCCAAACAGUACUCGGCUCGUGAUCUUCCUUCUCACACACGGCUCAAGUAUCGUGACCAUGGGCAGUCUACCACUGAGGAACUCCGCAGCCGUGACUUCCGCCGCGAAUUGGAAGACCGCGAGCGUACUGCAGCCAGAGAUAAACGUACGAGUGGAAGCAGCAGUGGUAGUAGCAGUAAUGCCAUACGUGAAUCAGGUGUUUCAUCAUCCUCCUCCUCCUCCUCCUCAAAAAAGCCAAGGUUGGAUCAGAUAGCUCCAGCUAACUUAGAUGCUGAUGAUCCUCAAGAUGAUGAUGAUGAUGCAUCUGAUUCUGAUGAUUCGGAUGAUGAAGCAGUGCUGUUUGCUGAGCUAGAGCGCAUUCGGCGAGAGCGUGCAGAAGAGGAGGCAAGAAAGCAACAAGAACGUCAGGAACAGGAAGAACGUAUCAGGAUGGAGAACAUCAUAUCGGGUAAUCCUUUACUGAACCUUGCUGCUGCCCCAAAGUCUGACAUGAAAGUCAAGAGACGUUGGGAUGACGACGUCGUUUUCAAGAACUGCGCUGCAUCAGAGCCGGAUAAAACAGAAAAAGCCUUCAUUAAUGACUCCCUUCGAUCUGAUUUUCAUAAGCGUUUCAUGGAGAAAUAUGUUAAAUAAUAUACAGAAUGUAUAUUUUUUGUUUACAUAUUCUUGUAUACUGUACUCAUAUCUAUAACCCAAAUCUAUCAACUUUUUUCUUUUUUACAAAUUAUGAUAUAACAUUAUUAGUAGUGGGGUUAUUAGCCUCAGGAAUAAUGUAGCCAGUUUGUUUACCUAGUGGUGAAGGAGUCAUAUGGUUAUUAAAUAUAAUCUAUACUGUCAAAGGUCUCCCCAUUGUCAAGUACUGUAUAGUACAGUAUUUUGUAUUCAAGAGUAUUCAGUUGGAUUAUUUAACUACUGUUCAGUUCUCUUGUCUAGUAGAUAACGUCCAACUUGCACAUGUAGACCGAUGUGAUUUAAUAUUUAAAAUAUAAUCUAUUCAAACAAAUUAAAUUACAACCAGAUUUAAAUGUUUUUAUGUCAAGAUGCAGUAUAGUGUAUUAACCGUAUGCAAAAUUGCAUAUGCAUUACAUUAUGCAAUGUAACUUAUCACAGAGGUUUGUUAUAGUCUACAGUGACAGUAUUUAGUUUUGUUUAAUUCUAUUUUUGUAAGUUGCCAUUAGUUGAACUAUUGGAAUCUGUUUUUGCAUUAAUUACCCUUUUUUUUUUAGUUGUAUAAUACUACAUUUUGCAAAGUAAAAAUGUAUGCUGUACAUUAUGUAGACUAAUACUGUAUAGUAACUUAAUUCUUUUAUCAAUAAACUUUGAUUUUGGA